UACAUCGACCAAAUAUACAACACAAUAAAAAGAAAAAUAACAAUGAAGAAAAUCUACCCCCAUAUCACAAAAAGAAGACUCUACUUAACAGUACCGUAUUAUAAAGGCUUACACGAAAAUAUACAGCGAAAUAUUACGAAAUACGACUACACACUGAUAAACAAACGACAUAAAACAAUCGAUAACCUAUUAGUCAACAACAAAACCAAAACUAAACGAGAGGAAGAAAGUGGAGUAUAUCAGAUAAAUUGUUCAAGCUGUCCUGCUUUUUACAUCGGCAUGACUACACGUAAUAUGAAAAAACGUUUCGACGAACACAGUAAAAAUCACCCCAAGUCAGCAUUAGGAUGCCAUAUAAACGAAUGUAAACAUAACAUAGAAUUCGAUAACUUGAAAAUAUUACAUAAAGGUCAUAAUUUUUAUAAACUAACAAUGCUAGAACAAUUGGAGAUUUUAAAGAACAGAGAUAAUCGACAUUUACUUAACGAACUAUCAGAUUUCAACCUUAGAGAGGGCAGCCUAAUAAAGAUAAUUAAUUUCCCUAACAUACCCCCUAACAUUAGAAACGUGACAGAUGACAACUUAAAUUAACUUACACUUUCGUUUAGGCUACGUAUCGAAUAAUUUCACCACAUACCGACCAGAAGAAAUUCAACAACAACAUUCUUCCACAUUAUUUUUUGUCGAGAGUCUAAUGAUUUUUAUAAAAGAGACUACCUCAUUGACGGUAAGAUUGCACAUUCUUACUACAAUGCCUACAUGAAUUUAAGUGAUGAAAUUUUGA